AUGCCUGCGGCUGCCCCCGAGGAUGACAUGGCACCCGUCAUUCUGAGUGGCCAGGGACCACUGUCCCAGAUCGGGCCCGCCAGUACGCACGCCCGCUCCACACCCCACGACGGCCUCAGUGCCGGACAUUACCCCCGGGCCCUCUCGACCCCGGACGCGUCCCUGACAACACCAUCUCACUAUCCCCUGCCCCAAGACAACCUCAAUUACGUUUACAUCAAGUGCCUUGACAUAUUUGAUGGUAGUUCAUUUGAAUACAUACCCAGGCAGGAGACAGACAUCCAUCCUACAUACACGCUGGUGCGUGCCGGCUAUCUAUCCCCUACUCCAACAGAGCCCCAAAUUGCGAUCUCCCUGCGAUCGCUCGAACUGUUAUACUCUCUUUUCCAAGCAGCGCCCGCUUUCAGUAUUCAACAUUUUACCCGGGUGGUUUCUGACAUACACAAGCCCUACUUAAGAACCCAAAUCUCACUUGCUUUCGAUAUCUUCUAUCGGAUAUUCUUCCACCUGGAUAAACUCGUCAAACAAGCUGUAGGUCAGGUGGGGCCCAAUUAUCGUCUCAAAAAUUCCUGCCCUGCUUGUCACUGUAAGGUUGAAGAUGAGCCCGAACACCCCAUUCAGCUCAUUGUCACAGCUGAUGGGAAUACCUCCCUCUCAAGGCUGUGCCACAAUUUUGCCACCGACGCCCGAGUCUUUCCCAGUGACUACUUCAUUCCCCGAGAACAGGUCAAUAAUUUUGCUGACACUCGAAAACAUUCACAAUGUGGUAGCCAGAUGGAUGGCCCAGAGUCGUCAUUUAUAUCUGACAGCUGCCUAGCAUGGAAGAAUGCUCGGCCAAUGCCCUUGAAGUCGAAGUCGGGUGCCAUGCAACUCAUGGAUGAGACAGGACUUUUCUCUGUCGUUUGCCAACAUGGUAUCGUCCAAUUCCUUAUCGACAUGGUCCAGAGUGGGGAGUUAGCCAAAUAUCCAAUCGCUGCCGCUGAUCAACUCAUACGGACGUUCAGCCACAACAUUCUAUUUGCAUACGAUAUUGGCUGCACAUUUUCAGCUACCCUUUCCAAGUCUUCCAUUGGUGAUAUGCUCGAUUUCCUCAUAGGGCUACAGCAGGGAGCUGGAAUUGAAGAUGGCGAAGGCAACGAACGAGUAUAUUCUGAGAGCAACUCCCUCGCACCGGUAACCCAACAUGCGUCACCAUACUAUCGGCAUCUCCGGAUUCAUAUGCAUUUUGUGAAGUGGGAUGAAACAAAGUAUGAGCGUCUAGGUGACUUCUUAUUGAACAACCACACAACGGCAUGGAGAAUAGUUCAAGAAAGCCUAGAAAUCCUUGAGACAACAAGGCAGAUGGACCCCAACUUUGAACCUGAUGUGCAAUGCCCACAAUGGCUGGAUGAAGAGCGCAACUACAUAUCCUCACUUCAGUUUGAGCCCCAAGAUGAAAAGACGAAGGUCGUGUAUUUAGAGGCCACAGAGCAUCUUGAGCGUGCAGAGGAAACCAUACGCUACUGGAUAGCGCAAAUAGCUGUCCAGGCUAGGCUACCACCCCAACAUGCUGACCGACAUUUGCGAGAGGCAAACAAAGCUGUUGAGAGUGCACGCGCCGCUCUGGCAGCGUUGGGGUUAGCUCUACUGGCCAUGUCUCGUACACGACCUUGGGUGCCUGGUUCUCCUGAGCGGCUUGAAGCAAUCACUCUGCGCCAGCAGAGGGAUUAUAAUCACCUCCUUGAUGAUCUCGAGCAUUGUGCAAUAUCGCGUCAGUUUGAAGUUGAGAAGAUGGGACUUCCAAGGACAGAUUACAAGGCUCACCAGCAAAUCCUAUCUUUAGUGGCAAAGCGGGGCAAGACACUUAACUCGACACUAGAGAAAUACAACAAUCUUGCGUCCACCAUGGAUCCCCCGAAGCCGAGACUCAGUUGGGAGGAUGUAACCAGCCUCGAGUUCAUAUCAGAUAUUGUGAUUUUACGGGGCCAUGACGAUGUACGUGAGAAACCAUGGGCAAAGCCCCUUCUCUGCAAGGCCACCCGAGCUUGGCAUAAGCUUCAACGAGCCCGUGAAGAGAUUGACACUGUCAGACUUGAAACUCGUUGGGUAUGGACCUCAAUGGAAAAUGAGGAGGCUUGGCUGCGAGGUGCCAUUGAGAACACUCGAUCGACCAAUCCCACUCUGGCAAGAUAUAUUUCCGCUACUUCCCAAUACCGCCUCAAUGUCAAUGCGCACCUACAUUCCAAACUCGCCCAGCUGGAUAAGCUCGCACAUUUUUUAACUGGUGAUGGGGAAGGGACGACGAGCGGACCACCAGCGAGCCCUGACACUUGUGGCAGCCCAGAAAACACGAAUAGCAACCCACCAAACAUACCACCCAAUGAAACCCCCUCCACGACACUGCCCAGCUCAACCACCAAUCUCAUACCCUCUGAUGAUAUCGAUGGUGGGAUGGCGGAUGGGGGGCUGGAAACUGAGAAUGAGGAGGUUGAGGAGUCUCAUCGCCUGAUCGGUCGAAUCGCCAGUGCUUUGGAGAGCCUUGAUUUAGACUUUGUCUGA